AGAGGAGUGUGGAGGUAUGACAGUGAUCGGUAUGUACAGGAGAGGAGUGUGGAGGUAUGACAGUGAUCGGUAUGUACAGGAGAGGAGUGUGGAGGUAUGACAGUGAUCGGUAUGUACAGGAGAGGAGUGUGGAGGUAUGACAGUGAUCGGUAUGUACAGGAGAGGAGUGUGGAGGUAUGACAGUGAUCGGUAUGUACAGGAGAGGAGUGUGGGGGGUGUGACAGUGAUCGGUAUGUACAGGAGAGGAGUGUGGAGGUAUGACAGUGAUCGGUAUGUACAGGAGAGGAGUGUGGGGGGUAUGACAGUGAUCGGUAUGUACAGGAGAGAGGACGGUGUACAGGAGAGGUGACAGGAUCGGUAUGUACAGGAGUGAUGACAGUGAUCGGUAUGUACAGGAGAGGAGUG